AUGGUUAGGAGGAAAUUACUCCUUCCUGAUGAAGUGAAGCACGAUGGAUGGGCUGGCAGGCCUCAGGCUCCCUUGGCCAACCUUGACGGGCGACGGGCAUUCCACGACGCCAGCUUUGAGGCACGCAAUGUCAUCAAGCUCGUAUUUUAUUCCGGCCCGGGUCGUAAUCUGACCUAUGGCAGUGGCUUCAUUCUCCGACCACCCGAUGUUACGGGUGUCGUUAUUCUGACCGCUGCCCACAACCUCCUCCCUAUCCUUGAUACUGCAGACGAACCCACCGGCCAGCCAUCGAACUCAACACAACCUUCCGUAAACAUCCUUGGAGUUGAGCAUCCUAUCACCAAGGACAAUUGUCGCGUAUCCGACACUUAUCGUACGGGAGAUAAAUCACCUGAAGCGGAUUACGGUGCAAUCAUCCUUUCCUCACUUCCAGUCGGCGAUCUAGAAGGCUUCGGUUUCAGCAUCUGCUUAGGCUACGAGCAGUCCUUGCCCGGUGAACUAUGUGUCACCGGCUAUCGUGCUACAGAUGUAGCUGGACAGCCCAAAACGUCCACGGGCCACUGCAUGGGCUGCUACACACGUCGUUUAGAAUAUGAUGCUCAGACGGAGCAAGGCAUUAGCGGCUCUCCUGUAUGGAUGUAUCAUCGGGGAUGUCCUACCAUUGUCGCUAUCCACAAUAAUGGACCUGCACGGCCAGGAGCUGGCAGCAGAGGAGCUCGAAUCACGCUUGACCUUCUUAUGGAGGUGUUCUCUUGGCUCGGAAUAGGCAAGUUCGGAAAGAGGAUUCGAGCAUGCGCAUCCAAAAAGCAUGCAGCGCUUGGCACACUUCCACCGCGUGGCCUCUAUCUCAACUUUUCCAAAUAUUUCAGCUUUGCGCGCGUUCGAAUGGGAAGCGGAACCAAAUUCAACGCUCUCCCAGCGGAAGUGACGAAGGACAAGGUCCUGUAUGCGCUGCAGGUCGCAGAUGCAGAAUUUUUGAACAAAUGGCUCGUGUUCGAUGUCGUCAAGAACGAAAUACAACUUGACGAUAAAUUGAGCACCGAAGGACUGUUCAGCUACGGCAACAAGAAGAAGAAUACGUUCAAGAUCGUUAUGGAGCGCACCUCUCCUUCGGUGGUGCAGCUGGGCUGCCAGUGCAAGAGGAUCGAGGAGAUCGAUGGAGAGGAUGCCGAGAGUUCCGAGGUUUCUCUGGUGCCCUAUCCUAUGGGAGAAAAGUAUGCGUUCACCGACUUCUGUUUCGAGGAUUCUAUAAAUUGA